UUCCGAGUGAGCAGAACACGACGAACCAAGGUUACACAGAUCGACGUGACGAUGCAGACCAGCAUUACCACUCGUCCACUUGGAACGAGCCGUGCUUUUGUUCGUUUACGGCUCUCGCGGACGUCACGCGCUAGCCAAUCAACCGUUCGUUAUGUAUCCAUUAUUUCCGGGAAAGCGAAAGGUUGAUUGGCUGCUCGAUCGCCUCGCGCCGUGCGACACGUGUUGUCGCGUCCUCUGUGGAAAAGCCAUUACUAGCGCGAGAUCUGUGACUUCCGGUUCGACGGACUCGUCGGUGUUUGUUAUGCAGUGCGUCGCAUGAGACAGAACAUGAAAACGGCGGAGGGAAAAGUGGUGGUGCUGGGGUCGCAAGGUGUCGGCAAAACGAGUCUGAUCGGACGUUACAUGGGUAAGGUAUUUAAUGGCUAUGAGAAUCCCACGAUAGGGGCGUGUUUCCUCAACUGCAAUCUGAACCUCGAAAGCGCCCGGAUAAAGCUGCAAGUAUGGGACACCGCUGGCCAGGAAAGAUUCCGCUCCAUGGCGCCGAUGUACUACAGAAACGCGAACGCGGCGAUGCUCGUGUUCGACCUCACGGAAUACAGUACAUUCUCGGCGAUCAAGAGCUGGGUGACGGAAUUGCAACGGAACGUGGAGGAAGCCAUGGUGCUGGUGGUGAUCGGCAAUAAGUCCGACUUGGUGCAACAACGGCAGGUGAACGACGAGGAGGGUCGCGAGUACGCGACGAAAAUCGGCGCGACCUACCACGAGACCUCGGUGCUGCACAACGAGGGUAUCGAGGCGGUGUUCUUAGCGAUCGGUGUCGGCCUCCUGAAAUUGCAAUCGGGCAAUCAAGACAUGGAGACCUCCCUGAGAAUCGGCGAGUCCUCGAGCAGCUCCUGCAUGCGCAGCAACGGCAUGCCACCCACACCCUCCAUCGAGGAGAGUCCGCAGAACAUGAGUAUCGCGCAUGGCAUACACGAGAGACCGUUUACCUGCUAUUGCUAUACGAGAGUGGCCAUCGGGUCCAAACUACCCGACAUGGACGUCUUCUCCAGCGUCGCGGUAACUAGCAUUUCGGAGUGCGAAGACGAAUGCUCCAAGAGAAGAAAUGCCUGCAACGCGUUCGCUUUCGGGAUCGGCAUCAAAGGUAACGGGACAUGUGCGCUGAGCGCGAAAAUGCCGAAACUCGAAGAGCUGGAGUCCCAUGCCGAUUACGAUGUCUACCUGAGAAGUCAACGUUCGCCGAAUUGCGAGCCAGAUCGGCUCUACAAAAUGGGAAACGGCGGACAGGAAAGAAGAAACGAGACGAGACCGACCACGCGAUUCGGCAGCGGCCUCUUAGGCCCGACAAUGCCAAGUAUCCUGUCAUCUCCCAGGAUUACGGGAAGCACGAUGCCUAACAUCGCCAAUGAUCCCUCGUACCAGCAAGGAUACACACCGUCUUUCGACGAUGAGCGCCGGAUCGCCGACAUACUUCGAAACAAAAGUCCGAGGCCGCUCAGCGGCAACAGUCCCUUUGGCACCAAGAUCGAGAAAAUCGACAGCUAUAACGACCUGUAUUCGAACCGGAAGUCCGUCUUUGGCCAAAGGAUCCACUACGAUCCGAAUGACGGUCGCUCGGAUUUUGGUGGGCCGUUCUUCCGAAAUCCUUUCGCGGAUGUGAAUCGACUGAAUCUCGCGUCUACCUUCGACAGUGAUCUUCACUCCUACAAGGCUCUCACAGUUCACAACGGGCCUUUCGACGUUUUCUCACGGCCCAUUUUAAUCCACGACAUAGCCGCGAAAAAUAAAUCGCCCGCAGACUUCGGAUUCUCCGGUGAUUCCGUCAAGUAUCGAGACACAGUCGCGAAUCAUCAGCUCCAUCAACAUCGGGAUCACGGAUUCCUCGACAACGCAUACAAAAGUCAUGGGAUCGUCGCGAGGCCGAAGCAGAACGAAUUGCUCGCAGGAAAUCGCGAUAUCGGGAAAGUGCCUUCCCGGCCGAUCAUCGGCAACUCCUACGGUUUCGAGAACAAUGGCGCGAAGUUAUCAUACGGAGGAUUCAAGGACACUGCCACGAUCUGGAGUCCAGGAUCAUCGCCAGGUGCGUUUCGCGACUUUGGCGCGAGGAUCAUCGCGAAGUCGAAAUCGUGCUACAGGAGGCUGCUGUCCGGCAAAAAGAGUCUGGAGCUGCACGUCAGACGCGCCAUCGAGUGCGAGCGGAUCGAGGACUGCCAUCGCGCUUGCGACUAUGAGAAGCUCUUCAUUUGCGAGGGUUUCAAUUACAGACGCAUCGGCCAUGGAGAGAGAGGGAUGUGCGAGAUGACAUCGGUACCGUACUCUCGUAUGGAUCCCCAUCGAGACUUCGUGUCAGAUCCUCAAUGCGACUAUUACGAGAAGGACCCGAAUUGCGUGGCGAACGCGGCUGGAACGCGACCACCUUGGUGGAAUCAACCGUCUAGACCUACGCAGACCUAUGGUGUACCUUCCAGCGGAAGACCGGAAACGAGGCCCUACACGCCCGAUCGACGUCCUCUGAACGAAGUGCCACGACCUUUGGAUUACGAUCGACGUCCCCUGAAGGAGAUCCCGCGACCCUUGGAUUUCGAUCGACGGCCUACGAACGAGAUCCCGCGGCCUUUGAAUUAUCCUCAUCACAGACACGAGGAGCACGAUCGGCGACCGCCAGUAAUCUACGGAGAACCUCAUCGCGUUCUCUACGACGACACAUUUGGUCAAAAGGGUUAUACCGACGGCCAAGACUCGAUACGAGGCGGAUACCCGGUAGCGAGACCGGAAGAUCGAUUUGACUACAGCGGCCGGUUUCCACCUAGACGACCCAGUGCCGACGAUUUCUACGACAGGAACUGGUCGCGGUACCCGAAAUAUCCGGACAGAAGAAUCGAUCACGGACCCACCCACGACAUAGGUACAAACGAGAUCGGUCCCUAUCUGCCUGAGCAUCGAAAGGACCCGAGUCGCGACUGGAGUUCUUACGGUGCCGUUUACGGCGGUUCCUACGGCUACGACACGAAUUACGUAGGCGGCAAGUUCGACAUACCGAAGUACUACCCGAAACCACGGCCUAAAUCACCGCAACCCUACGAUAGCGAGCACUUCUACGGCGAGUUUUACAAUUACGGCGGUGCAUUCGGAUACGGCGACAGUUACAUACCGGCCGAUCAGGAUUCGCUCUAUGGCGGUGUCGGAAAGACGGACGAAUGCUCCGUCAGAGCCGGCGCGGGAUUCAGACUCGGCAGAGGAGUCGUUCGUAAAACCUACCUAACGGCGAAUCUAGACCAAUGCGAGAGCCUGUGCGUUAAUGAGAAAAGCUACAUCUGCAUGAGCUUCAGUUACAGGUACAAUGUAGCACCUACGGAUCCCACGGACAAUUGCCUCCUCAGUGACGUCUCGUACAAAGAUUUAAAUUUCUACACCGACCUCGAACCGGACCGCGACUACGACAUUUACGCUAUGAUCGCCAAUUCGAGAACUUGCGGCACGAAGAGAGGACAGAGUCAACAUCCUCCGGAUGAGUGUUUUUGGAGGGUCAGAAGCGGAUUCGGAAUGCCGGACGAUGUCGUUAGAAAAUCGAUAAUAGUUGACAGUCUAGGAGAGUGUGAAGUAGAGUGCUCAGUAGCACAAGAUUUUACAUGCAGGAGCUUUGCGUUCAAAUACGGACUGGAUCAAGGACGACGAGACAGCCUGACGAAUUGCUACUUGAGCGACUGGCAGUCGCAGGAUAUUAAUCCUAGCAAUAUGCCGGAUAUGGACGGCGCAGAAUUAUAUGAAAGAGGCAGUUUCGGCAGGGGAUGUCAUCCUUACUCUGUCCCAUUUUUUAAUACGGGGCGAUUUAGUGGCAAGCAGCAAUCACAUGAAGACGAAAUAUGCUAUUCUGGGUAUGAUAAACCCUGCAAAUUGACACCCUACGCCGUGCUCUUGGCAACGUAUGUAAACUCCGAGCAGAAUUGUCGGCAAAAAUGCUCGAGGAUGAGAGAAAGCGAUUCUAUUCCUUGUUUAUCUUACAGCUACAAGCUUACCACUCAUGGUACAGAAGAAAAUUGUCUACUUAGUGAUGUACCAAUAAGAGACUUACGGCCUGGUUUGGAUUACAUCUACGACGACAAUCACGUUAUGUACGCCUGGAAGGACCUUGACCCUCAGUGUGUGGUCACCGGCUACUCUGUUGACGAUGAUCAUGUGUUUGGCGGUCCAGGUCCAAUGAGGCCGCUUCUUCCAGGUCCAUUGCAACCUAACUAUCGCCCCUCAGACGCCGAUUAUCCGAGCUCGAUGCCCGACGAUACUUAUCCUGAACCAAGACCUUUCUUCACGAUACCGAAACCGAGCGGUCAUCAUCACGGCACGAGACCAUAUGAUCUCGAUAGGCCCGACCCGAUCAAACCGUAUCGUCCCGGACACGGCACUUAUGGUGACAAAUUUGGAUACGGUAUUCGUCCCGGACAAAACACUUACGGUGACAAAUUUGGAUACGGUAUUCGUCCCGGUGGAGUCAGUUAUGGAUCUUUCUAUCCUGAUGAACAUUCAACUUUCCGUUAUUACACGGUAAACGGUUACCCGUGUAAAAAAGGCACAAAGUGCGAGAGGAAUAAAAUUGCCGGAUUUUGGGUCUGCGAGACCGAAGGAAGUGAUUUCGGUAACUGGGAUUAUUGCUGCGCACCGACUCAUCAUUGCGGCUUCUCGCAAGGAUAUAAUUACCCAUGGUGCUAUGUCGGCGCUUCGGAAGAUCAAUGGCGGCCAUGUAGCGAGAAGUACUUCCCGUACCUCCCAAGCCCGCGACCCUCCGUACAUACCGCGGAUGGCGGCAACGAUCGUCAUGAUCCUAGUUAUUACGGCAGACACUGGCCGAUCACGUACUUGCACCGAGAACCACCUCCAAACUGUACGGAUUCGCUCGCGUCCGCGGACAACAGCGGAAAUCGUCGCACGAACGAGACAACGCCGAGAACGAUCGAGAAACCGACGAGCAUCACCGGCACGACGACGAUCGAGGCUAACGAUAGCACGACGACGGCUACCACGAGAACACGUCGACGACGACUACGAACGCGAAUGACGCCGGCCAACAACGAUGCGAGAAACAAUCGUAUGAUAUACUUACAGAAAACCGGCGACGCCACAGCAAACCACACUCGCCGUUCGAGAGGACGUGCUGCGAAAAUCGAGCAAAUUUUGAAACCGCCGCGGACCGUUACAAUUGGCGAGCUCACUCCUGACGUCACCACCUUGCCGCGCAUUUCGACAACUGCUGCCACCGACGGCGUUAGCGCGCACUUCAAGCGCACGAAAGUCGAGACGGAAAACGGCGGGAUGAUUCAAGUGCCUCUAAUCACGCCGAACAAUUCACUGCCGAUAGGAGUUUAAGUGUCUAAUAACGAUCUCGAAUAUUCGCAUCUAUCGUCACAUCAACGUCGAAGCAGCGAUAUAUAUUGUAAUUAGGCCUGUUCCUUUUAACUGAAGUGUUGCGCUGCAACUUCGUUCUUUCUCUCUUCAACGCUGAGUUGUGUACUUGUUCACUUUAUUGAGCCCGUUUCUAUCGAUGUCCAUUAAACUUUAAUUUGAGUUUGCGCUUUAUUCAAACAAAGAAUUGAACUCAAGUUUAAUCAACUUUUGGUAAAAAUAUGCAUAAAGGAGCGAAAAGUGCAAUCUAAUUCAGCUAAAAAGAACAGAUCUAUUUUGUCGAUAUGCUCGACGAUAAUCGAAAAGUUUAAUUGAAUUAAUUAAAGGUCGAAAAGUUGGCCGAGAGAGAAAGAUUCAUAUAGGGAUUACGGAAUUGACAUUUAUAUUUAUAUGACAUAAUUAGAUCUAUUUUGUCAGUUUUGUAAAUAUUUAAGAUCUAAGUUCACAGAUCUAAGAAGUAAACUUUUACAGUCGGUAUAUUAUUGCGCUGAAGCUAGAGAUGCUUGAUCGCACUUGGAAUAUUUAGCACAAAAUAGAAAUCGAUGUUUCAAACUAGACGAGUGUUUGAAACACGUCUUAGAAACCUCUUACAAACAUUUAAAAAGAGUAAAGGUACGGUACGCUGCAAAUGCUUUGUAGCGUUUUUACUUCUUUCUCUUUCUUCAUUCGAAUCCGAGGAAUAGAACAAGAGGAAGAAACGCUGCGCAGCAUUUGUAGCGGUUG